AUGUCCAGAGACGCCGUCGACGCCUCGCCGUCGACCUCGGACGCAUUCUUCGCCGCCGACGACGCGUACGUACCGCGGACGGCGCUAGAAAAAGCGUCGCGCGGUCAGAAUUUCCUACUCGAGCGAUGGAACGCGCGCGAGAAACGAAACACCGACGACGACGCGUCGUCCGCGCUCGCGAAGACGAUCGUGGUCGUGACCUCCGGAGGGACCACCGCGCCGUUGGAGCGGACGCAGGUGCGAUGCGUCGAUAACUUUUCGUCGGGAACGCGAGGCGCGCGGUUGGUCGAGGAGCUCGUCGCGCGGGCCGACGUGGAGACGGUGAUGCUGCGACGCGAGGGCUCGUGCGCGCCGCACGAGAGGAUCGUCAUUGAGAGUGCGACGAUGUCGGGAGAGAGCGCGCGCGUCGGUCGACCGUCGCACGCGUUAGAUGCGCUGGAGUUGGUGGAGGGCGGAGACGAGUUGAGAGCCAAGGCGGCGCAUCGGGACGCGACGGUUCGAGCGCUCCGAGGGGUCGAGGCCGAGCGCGAUAGGCUCACGGUUUUGACGUUUAAGACGCUCUACGAGUAUCUCGCGUUGCUCAAGGCGACGUGCGAGACGGUGGAAGCGGAAGCGUGUAGACGCGGCGGGCGCGCGGUGGUGGUUCUCGCCGCCGCGGUGAGCGAUUUUUACGUUCCUUGGCGCGAUCUCCCCGAGCACAAGAUCCAGAGCUCGGCGCAUACCGAGGUCGGUUUGGAGUUAACGCUGAAACCUGUGCCAAAGAUGCUCGGAGAGAUCAAGCGCGUGUGGUGUCCCUCGGCUUUCGUCGCGAGCUUCAAGCUCGAGACGGAUGUCUCCAUCCUCGCCGACAAGGCGCGUCAAUCUCUAUCGCGCUACGGCCUCGACGCCGUCGUGGCCAACGAACUCACGACCCGAUACGACCACGUCACCAUCUACACCGCCGACGGCGCGUCCAAAACCCUGCGUCGAUCCGACGAUCCAGCCGUCGCCGGCGUCGAGCACGGCGCGUCGUCGCUCGACGGCCAAAUCGUCCACGAGCUCCUCCGUCACGUCCAAAGCGCGUGA